AUGAAUAGGAAAGCACUCUUUACACUAAUGCUCUGUACAUCUGUACAUUGUCAGUCGAAUAAAGAUUUAUAUAAUGGGCAGUAUAUCAAUGAGUAUUAUAAUACAAGACCAAAAGACUCAACGAAAGACCAUAGAAUCCCAAAUCCUGGGGACAGUGACUACAGGACAUAUGUUUACAAUAAUCGAAGAUAUGGUGCAGACCCUUCGAGAUAUAACCCAUACAAUCCUAACAUAAAUCAGCCGGGAGGUUUCCCGUAUAAUCCUAUUGUAACAAAUCCCUUGGAUGAGCAAUUUAAAUUUAACACAAAUCGAGACCCAAACAACCCAGAUGCUCUGUUUCCUGGUGUGCUAGGUGGAUGGAGAGAAGACUUGCAGGGUAAAGAGAGGAGAGACUCACGACAACUAAAAAGAAACAUUUUUGUCAACACAAAUUAUGGCCAAGUGCAAGGUUUUAAGGUUUAUUUGUACGACAAUCCAGACCCAGAUUCUGGAUACAGACCAUGGUUGACGCCAGUUGAGAGAAUUCAGGGUGAAGUCUCUGUGUUCCUUGGAAUCCCGUAUGCUAGACCUCCUGUUCUGGAAGGAAGAUUUAAGCCUCCACGCCAGCACCCUGGCUGGCAACUAAUUCAAGCAGUGGAUUGGGGUCCAGCCUGUCCCCAGCCAGUUAGAUUUACAGGCGCUACGAAAGGCAUCCGCGAUAUGGACGAGGAUUGCUUGUAUUUGAAUAUAUUUUCACCUAAUACGGAAGCUGGUGCAACCGCUCAGAAGUAUCCUGUGAUGGUGUACAUCCAUGGAGGUCAAUUCACAUCGGGCGCUUCCAAUUUGUUCCCCGCGCAUAUGCUUGCCGCAUUCUACAAUGUGGUGGUUGUAUCAUUCAAUUAUAGACUAGGAGCUUUAGGGUUCUUAUCAACGGCUGAUGAAAAUUCACCUGGAAACUAUGGUAUUUUGGAUCAAGUGAUGGCUCUGCGUUGGGUGAAGGAUAAUAUAGAGCCGUUCAAUGGUGACAGCGGUUCCAUCACACUGUUUGGUGAGGGAGCCGGUGCAGCUUCAGCUGGUCUGUUGGCUGUAGCUCCUCAAACUAGGGAUAUCGUGACUCGAGUUAUUGCGCAGAGUGGUUCAGCUCUAGCUGAUUGGGCACUGAUAGAAGACAAGUUUCGUGUCCAAAAUACGUCCCUUGUGUUCGGAAGGCUGUUGGGCUGUCCCAUUGAUUCCUCGUGGAAGCUGGUCAACUGUUUACGCCAGGGCAGGAGUUUCCACGAACUUGGCAAUGCUGAGUUCCAGCCACAAGUGGGCUUCAUUCCUUGGGGUCCUGUCCUAGAGAAUAACUUCACGUUCCCUGGGGAUGGCUGGUACGAGGGCUGGAGAGAGAGAGAUUGGCAUUUUCUGCAGACCACCCCCGACCGACUAGUAGAACAGGGGCACUUUAACCCGGCGCUCCGUUACAUGACCGGUGUGACUACACAGGAGGCAGCUUACUUUUUGUUCAACAACAACUCGCUAGCCCCCACCUACGAUAUAACAGAAGAAUGGUUCAACCAGAAGGUACAAGAGUUGGUUAUGCGGUACAACUACACGCUCAAUCCGCGCGGCGUGUACGAAGCUAUACGCUAUAUGUACACGUACCAUCCGGAACCGCACAAUGUCAGCGCGAUACGGGACCAAUAUGUACAUCUACUCUCGGAUUUCCUCUACCGUGCACCGACCGAUAAACUAGUGAAACUUCUCUUAGAACGACGAGUACCCGUCUACAUGUACGUCAUGAAUACCACAGUGGAAGCCUACAGAUGGCCUGAGUGGAGACAGUACAGCCACAACACGGAACGCGUCUUCCUAACCGGUGCUCCCUUCAUGGACCAGGAGUUCUUUCCGAUGAGACAGAGGAUCGAGAGGCAAGCCUGGUCUCCAAAUGACAGGAACAUGAGCCACUUCUUCAUGAAAGCCUAUUCGGACUUCGCUAGAUUCGGCAACCCAACCCGUUCACGCAUCCUUGGCGUCCAUUUUGAAAUGGCUGAGCCAGGUCAAUUGCGUUACCUGAACCUGAACACUACAUAUAACUCGAGUAUACAGCUCAACUAUAGGCAGACUAAACUCGCUUUCUGGACUGUAUAUCUACCGACUGUAAUCGGAAGAUUUGUACCCACCUACCCUCCUAUAACUGAGUAUUGGUGGGAGCCAAAACAACCACUUCAGAUAGCUUUCUGGUCAGUUUCAAGUGCUUGUUUGCUGCUAAUCGUUCUCCUGGUCGUCUGCUGCAUGCUAUGGAGAAAUGCCAAAAGAGAAACAGACCGGUUCUACAACGGCGAUAUCUUUAUGGUCCCCGAGCUAGAGGAGAGCGGUAUAGACAACGCAAACCGUUCCAGAGACAACAUCUACGAGUAUAGAGACGUGCCAAUCAAACGGCCGCAGACGCCACAGACUACGAUCACAAGAACGUUAAGUCAGCCGGCUACCCUGCACUCGUCCCGUCCACCCUCCGAAGCCUCGACUGAGUCAGCGAUAUCCCUCAAAGAGAGCAUGGUCUCGCGGACCCCGGAUCCGCGCGUGACCCCCGUCCCACGAGCCCGCUCCAGGACUAAGCUGGUCGACGGAGUCCCACAAACAACUGUGUAA